CUUUCCGUCUUUACGGCCUUGCUGAGGCCCAUGUGUCCGGAAACAGGCUCCGGUUGUUCUGCUUGUGUUUUGUGACAGAAAAGCGUCCGGAGGAGAAGCAGAGGAGUUGUAAAACUUGGGUCCGGCUGGUGUGACGGGGGGGCCGGCGGGGUGAUCUGGUGAACCCCGGGGGCUGAAACAUGGGCCUUCUGGCGCGGAUACGGAAGGAAUGGUUCAUCAUCGGGAUAGUGCUGGUCAUUUUAUCGGCCAAACUGCAGCCCAGCGUCGGCGUCAGGGGAGGUCCACUGAAGCCAGAGAUCACCGUAGCCUACGUUGCCGUCUCGCUCAUUUUCUUCAACAGCGGCCUGUCGCUGAAAACAGAGGAGUUGACCAGCGCGUUGCUUCACGUUCGCCUCCACCUCUUCGUUCAGUCCUUCACGCUGAUCUUCUUCCCGCUGGCCGUCUGGCUGCUGCUCAGAGUGCUCGCACUCACCGCCAUCGAUCAAUGGCUGCUCAGAGGGUUACAGACGGUGAGCUGCAUGCCCCCUCCAGUCUCCUCCGCUGUUAUUCUCACCAAGGCUGUCGGAGGCAACGAGGCUGCUGCCAUCUUCAACUCAGCGUUUGGAAGCUUCUUGGGAAUCAUAGUGACGCCGCUGCUGCUGCUGCUGUUUCUCGGCUCUUCAUCCUCCGUUCCCUUCUCCUCCAUCUUCUCUCAGCUCUUCAUGACCGUGGUGGUGCCUCUGAUCCUGGGUCAGGUGUGUCGAGGUUUCCUCAGGGAGUUUCUGGAGCGGAGGAAGCCUCCUUUCGGCGCUGUCAGCAGCGCCGUCCUCCUCAUGAUCAUCUACACCACCUUCUGUGACACCUUCAGUAACCCCAACAUCGAGCUGGAUCCCACCAGCCUGCUGCUGGUCGUCCUCAUCAUUUUCUCCAUCCAGCUCAGCUUCAUGCUGCUCACGUUUGCCUUUUCUACCAGGUCGGGCUCGGGAUUCAGCCCUGCAGACACCGUCGCCAUCGUGUUCUGCUCCACACACAAGUCACUGACUCUGGGUAUCCCCAUGCUGAAGAUCGUGUUUGAGGGCUACGAGCACCUCUCUCUGAUCUCUGUCCCUCUGCUGAUCUACCAUCCGGCUCAGAUCCUGCUCGGCUCCGUCCUCGUGCCGACCAUCCGUGGCUGGAUGAGCAGCCGGCAGAAGUCUAGUCUGUUGUUGAGAUAGGGCCGCAUCCCAACACUACUGCCCUGAGCGCUGAAGCUGUCAGCCCUCCAGCCCAUCUGACGAGGAUGAAAUCAGCGUUUCCAUGGUGUUUGUACUGUGAUACAAAGCAGACUAAGGUGGAGGGAGACAGUAGUCACACGUGCCUAAUAUCAGCCAAUCAUCACCUCACUGUGGUGGAGGAGACAAGGCUCGCAAGUCACCUUGAUUUUCUCUGUUUCUACGACAACGAAAAACUCCUGUUCGUGUUUCCAUCAUAAAUAUUCUUUUAUAUUUAAAAGAAGCAAAAGUACACGUUUUAUUUUUAUACGGAAAACCCAAAUAAUCCUGGAAAAGGAGCACUGCUGUUGUUUUUUUUCUUUUUUGUUUUUUG